AUGACAACGAACUGCCCUACAAACCGUAAUAAGUUAAAACGUGAUGAUAAGCUCCAUGAAUAUGAUUAUGAUGCCAACAUGGGAUUGGUGGAGAAAAAGCAGCCUACUCAACACCGUCGCUACUCCAACAUCUUGCACGGCGGCCGCCUUCGCCUCACCAUGAAAUUCGGCUUAAAUGUGGCCAACAAUAUCUUGCAACAAAGUCUCACAACAACCGCUAACGGUGGUCCUAAGAAUGUCGUUUGUUCUCCGAUUUCCAUCGACGCCGUGCUAAACAUAAUAGCCCUUGGUGCAAAGGGUCCAACCCUAGACCAGUUGAUUGAGUUACUUGGGUACCAAGGUACCGAUGACUUUAAUGGCGUAGCGUCUUUGUUAGCCGGUGUUCUUAAGGAACCAAAGGACGGUGAUGGACUAGGUAUCACUUUCGUUAAUGCUUUGUGGAUUGAUAAAUGCUACACCUUAAAUUCUUCAUUCCAAAAAGUUGAUGAAGUGGUAAAAGAAGUAAACAAGUGGGCAGAAAAAACAUCAAAAGGUUUAUUUAAAAGCCUCCUUUCAAAAAAUGCAUUUUCUAAAGACACAAUCUUGCUUUUGGUUAAUGCUUUAUACUUCAAAGGAACUUGGGUUGAGAAAUUCAAGCAAGAGAAAACUAAAGAUCGAAACUUUUACUUGCUCAAUGGAAACAAAAGUGGAGUUCCUUUCAUGAAUAAAGCUUGUCAGAAGAGUUUUUCCAUGUACAUAUUCCUUCCAAAAACAAAGGACGGGUUGCCAAAUUUGUUGGAUAAGAUGAUACAAAUGGAUUCAAUCAACAUGUUUAGGUACAAAAUAAAGCUCAAAUAUGAGAAAAUUGACAAACUAUCAAUUCCUAAAUUCAGUUCCGAAUGUGAGCUUCAAAUCAGUGACAUUAUGAAGAAGUUAGGGCUAACAUUGCCAUUUGAUAGGAAUUGCAAAGAUCUUACUGGAAUUGUGAACUCCCCCUCUAAAGAAGAAGAGGUUUAUGUGAGUGACAUUAUUCAAAAUUGUCGCGUUGAAGUGGAUGAACAAGGAACAAAAGCCGCGGCUUUCACUAGGGCUCGAAUGAUGGUUGGAUGUUCAUGGCCGCCACCACCACCACCACCCAGGGGCGAAGCCAGAAUCCCCCAUAUAGCUUCGCCCAUGCCACCACCUCCGAUAAAAUUCGUGGCUGACCAUCCUUUUUUGUUUAUGAUCAGGGAAGAUAUUUCGGGUGCUAUACUUUUCGUUGGUACAAUGCUUAAUCCUUUACAAACCUAA